GAUUCUCGGCUCACGCGGGAGGGGAGUAAAGGGUGGCGGUCCCGGGCUGGAGUUCAGUGGGUGCAUCCUGCUUGCGAGCUGAGGCCAGCCAGGGGGGCGCCUACGGACGGAUAAGGAGGAGCUUUCCAGGCCGAGAUGCCCUCAUCAGCAGUGUCACAGGAGUUUUGGAAGUGAGAGCCUACUCAUCAGGAAGACCAUGAGGAUGGAGACCAUGAUGAUCCACUUUCACUCAGUGAAUAGACUCCUGCUUUGCUGUAUUUUCUCUAAGAAAUAUAUCCAUAAUGAAGGUGUGUGCCGCCUCAGGUGAAUCCUUCUCUCUGCAUCUGAUCAUCUGGCCCAGUCCUGCAGAGGAAGCCAAGCAUGAGGCAUGAGGAGUCAGUGGUUGGAAUGUUCCCCAGCAGGAAGGAGGAGAAAAGAAAGGUUGAUUACAAACAGGACCAGAUUUUGCUUCGAAAUGGAACCAGCAGUUAGCAAGCCAAUGAGAGACCAAGUCGCACGGACUCAUUUGACAGAGGACGCUCCCAAAGCGAAUGCUUACAUAGGAAAGGUUAACCAGAAUCAGGCCAAGAGAUGCACAGUGAUCGGGGGCUCUGGAUUCCUCGGGCAGCACAUGGUGGAGCAGUUGCUGGCAAGAGGAUAUGCUGUCAAUGUAUUUGAUAUCCAGCAAGGGUUUGAUAAUCCCCAGGUGCAGUUCUUUCUGGGUGACCUCUGCAGCCGACAGGAUCUGUACCCAGCUCUGAAAGGUGUAAACACAGUUUUCCACUGUGCAUCACCCCCACCAUCCAGUAACAACAAGGAACUCUUUUAUAGAGUGAAUUACAUUGGCACCAAGAAUGUCAUUGAAACUUGCAAAGAGGCUGGGGUUCAGAAACUCAUUUUAACCAGCAGUGCCAGUGUCAUCUUUGAGGGCGUCGAUAUCAAGAAUGGAACUGAAGACCUUCCCUAUGCCAUAAAACCCAUUGACUACUACACAGAGACGAAGAUCUUACAGGAGAGGGCAGUCCUGGGCGCCAACGAUCCUGAGAAGAAUUUCUUAACCACAGCCAUCCGCCCUCAUGGCAUUUUCGGCCCAAGGGACCCGCAGUUGGUACCCAUCCUCAUCGAGGCAGCCAGGAACGGCAAGAUGAAGUUCGUGAUUGGAAACGGGAAGAACUUGGUGGACUUCACCUUUGUGGAGAACGUGGUCCAUGGACACAUCCUGGCUGCAGAGCAGCUCUCCCGAGACUCGACACUGGGUGGGAAGGCAUUUCACAUCACCAACGAUGAGCCCAUCCCUUUCUGGACAUUCCUGUCUCGCAUCCUGACAGGCCUCAAUUAUGAGGCCCCCAAGUACCACAUCCCCUACUGGGUGGCCUACUACCUGGCCCUCCUGCUGUCCCUGCUGGUGAUGGUGGUCAGUCCUGUCAUCCAGCUGCAGCCCACCUUCACACCCAUGCGGGUCGCACUGGCUGGCACAUUCCACUACUACAGCUGCGAGAGAGCCAAAAAGGCCAUGGGCUACCAGCCACUAGUGACCAUGGAUGAUGCUAUGGAGAGGACCGUGCAGAGCUUUCGCCACCUGCGGAGGGUCAAGUGAGGGACACUGGAGGCUGAGCUCUCUCGACCCGUUCCUCAGCCAGUCACGCCUUCCCCUGUGGAUUGAUGAAAUAACAUCCCUCGAAUGAGUUUGCUCUGAGCCUGUGACUCCUCCUGCUAGGCAGAGAGCGCACCCUACUCUUUCCGUGACGAUGAGGGCAGCAUCAAACAGGCAUUUCUUCCUUCAUGGAAUUGGAUUUGGAUUUCUUGAAGCAGGCAGCUUCAUAUUAUACUGAUUUGUUCUCUGUC